AUGAGGUCCUCCUACAGCCGUCAACUGGGUGAGACGACGGGGUUGCCCCGUGCUUUAUCCGCAAGUCCAGGGAGCUUGCGCCGCCAGAGCGCGGCGCAUUUAUCAAUCUCCAGGAGGCGAAGGAGUCGAAAUGUGUCCAUGGGUGUUCCCUCGCGGAGGUCGCUACGACCUUCUUAUGCGGAGGAGCCAGUUCCAGAAAACCGUCGGCCGUCUACUGCCCGUGUAAUAGAGUAUCACCUCACACACAGGCCGACACGGCAAUCGGGUAUUGAUACCGCGUCGGGAGUUGGCCAAAACCUGCAAAAUGACCGCAUUGCAAAAAGUCUUCUUCCGCAGGAAAUUCUAGCGCUUGAUUCGGUCGAGCUUGGCUUUUCCAGUCCUGGAUCGGUAACGUUGUGGAAGCUCUUGCUGCCGCUAGAACGUGCCAAUUAUCCGUUCAAUGUGCAUGAACGUAGAAAGCCAUUUAUACCAGGGGACGCCGUCUCGGUUCAGAUGGGACAGAAUUCCAUGAAGGUUUCUUUUGCCAGGGCUGAAGACGUGGUUCAGCCAAGCCCCGGAAGGUUGAGGAAGGCAAGCGUACUGGAUAUAGUAAAUAAUGGAGUGAUUGGAGAAGUAAAGUACCCAUAUGUGCAGCGUAUUGAGUCAGUGGUGCCUACUGUGGAUGCACAAAUUUUUAUGGCGCGUCUUAGUGGGGUCGUAGGCUUUACGCUGCAGUUAUGCUUCGCUGAACGGUCGCUCUGCUCUGCCUUUGUGAAGUUGUUGGUGUCCCACUGCCAUGGACACAUCACAGUCGCUGAUGAGGUUGGUGUUUGUUCUUCUGCACCUCCCUUCUUAGCCUUUGAGACCCCACGACGCAGCUUGUCCUCCGCUCCAGUAAGUAGGUUUGUUGCAGGCCGAAGUCCCAGCGCAAUCUUUGUAUUUCCAAGGGACGAGGACCAAAAAACCGAUGAGGAGGCCAACAGCUAA